AUGCGCCUCUCCGCAGCCUUCGCAUUAUUCCCAGUACUGUAUCUCGCCAUUAGAGUUGGUCUGUGGCCCACCAUCCUAGCAAUCUGUCGUACUCCCUCUCUACUCUUCCAACCAAAUGAACUCUCCCGCAUCUUUAUGUCCCACGUUUGGAAGGUCUUCGGUAACGGUGACGACGGAAAAACAAGUGACACCAAACAAUCGCUCAUAACCCUACACGCAUACGGCAUCGUACUCGACCUUGGCGCAGGGCACGGCCAUACAAUCAACUACUUCGACCAUUCCCGCGUCACAAAAUACGUCGCUGUAGAGCCUAACAUCCACAUGCACGCCGAACUACGCCGCACAGCCUCUGCUGCCGGAUACACCGAAGACACAGGCACGCUCCUCAUCCUCCCCUGCGGCGCCGAAAACAUCUCCACAAUCCUCUCCUCCCUCCCCACACCUCACCCGCCUAUCGAUACCCUCAUCAGCAUCCUCACCAUGUGCUCCAUCCCCUCUCCCCAAUCCACCAUAUCAGGAUUAAUCACGGAAGUGGUGAAACCAGGGGGACAGGUGCUGUUCUUUGAACAUGUUCUCAGUGAUAGUCAGGAUGUUAUGUGGUGGCAGCGGUUUUGGACGCCGCUGUGGGGUGUCUUUUUUGGUGGGUGUUGUUUGGACCGGCCGACUCAUCGGUGGAUUGAGGAUGUUGGGGGGUGGGUGAGGGAAGAAGGAUGGAUGUGGGAGCAGGAUGGGGAGAUGGAGGAGAGUCUGCUUUGGCACCGAGCGGGGAGAUUUGUUAAGGCGGGUUAG